GACAAUCUGAACUUGGAACUGUCAUAGCAGAAUCACAGCUGUAACAGCUGUAAUUAAGGCAGACUGUUUACCUAUAAAUACACUUAAAGUUAGUAUUCACUGGACAUUAAAGUCUGGAGAGGUACAUGAGUAGUGGGGGUGGAGGAAGACAGCUGUCUUAAAGUUUAACAGUUCACCAUUUUACCUUCCCCACUCGGGCUUCCUCUUUCCUCAAACAAAUAACUUUCUGUCUGACUGCACUGGAUCGGGGUCUGUCGUGGUCACCCAUCGGAAUUUUCUGCUUUACCUACAAAAUUGUCUUAAGUGUUCUAUAGAUUUUUGCAGACUUUUAACAGCGCUAUAAGCUCUACUUGAACUUAUAAACGGAACUUCCGGAUUUUAUAUUGUAAUUUAUGUUUGAUUUCAACUUCCUUAUGUUGGCAAAAUUGAGGAAGCGACAAAAUACGCUAUACUUCAAACAGGAAUUUAAUCAAAUUCAGAAGUCUCUGCCGUGCGCAAUUAUUUUCACCACGAUUAAUUCUGCUUGCCUGAAUUUUCAAAGUUGUCUUGAAUGAAGGCUGAUACUAGAAAUGCAGCAGAACAUGGUAUGGUGAAGCCACCCUUUGGCAAAACUGGAGUGCCUGGACUACCACUCACCACAGCAACAAUACUCUCAUAAAGUGGAGUGUGUAUUGCUGAGUACCUUUAACUGAAGUCAACAAUGGCACAAAUAAAUAUGGAUUUCUUAACCAUGGCUGAACAUGAAAAGAGUAAGAGCAAGCGAAUGCUGGAGCUUGGGAUGGUUAUGUCGGUGUACAGUCUGAAGAAGUCGCAGGUAGAGAGGCGAACGAUUCAGGUCAUCAUGGAAACCCGACAGGUGGCUUGGAGCAAGACAGCUGACAAGAUAGAAGGAGUCUUGGAUUUGAAAGAAAUUAAAGAAUUACGUCCUGGGAAAAAUGCCAAGGAUUUUGAUCGAUUUCCAAAAGAAAAAGGAAAAGCAAAGGAAGAGUGUUGUUUCACUAUUUUCUACGGCUCCCAGUUCGUACUGAAUACAUUAAGUUUAGAAGCGGAUAACAAGGCGCAUGCUGAACAGUGGCUGCGUGGUCUGUCUGUAUUGCAAUAUGAAACCAUGAACGCCUCCACACCAGCUGUUAUAGAGAGCUGGUUAAGGAAACAGCUUUAUUCUGUAGACCAGACAAGAAGGAGCAGCAUUUCUCUUAGAGAACUGAAGAAUCUUCUUCCUCAGGUGAAUUUCAAAGUACCUGGCAACAAGCAAUUGAAGGACAAGUUUUCAGAAAUAGGAGCUUCAAAGGAUGAACUUUCUUUUGAGCACUUUCAUAUGUUCUACAAGAAACUGAUGUUUGACCAACAGAAGCAAAUUCUUGAGGAUAUUAAAACUAAUGCUUCUCCCUCUGUAGUACCAUUUGGAAACAUUGAUCGACCUGACGCUUCUGUUAUUAACUUGCAUGACUUUCAAAGAUUCCUUUUAAACCAACAGAAGGAGUCAUGGGCCAGUGACCUUCACUUAGUUCGGGAGCGAAUGACAACAUUUGUUGAAGAAGUACAAAGAGAAGUAUCUGAGUCAUUUUUCUACAUAGAUGAGUUCCUUACAUACCUUUAUUCACUAGAAAACAGCAUUUGGGAUGAAAAAUGUAACAAACUAUUAACUCAGGAUAUGAAUAACCCUUUAUCCCAUUACUGGAUUUCUUCAUCCCAUAACACAUACCUCACAGGAGAUCAGAUUCGAAGUGAAUCUUCACCUGAAGCCUACAUAAGAUGUCUUAGAAUGGGAUGCCGGUGUGUUGAGUUGGAUUGUUGGGAUGGUCCUGAAGGAAAACCUAUUAUCUAUCAUGGAUGGACUCGCACUACAAAAAUAAAGUUUGAUGAUGUAAUACAAGCAAUCAAGGAGCAUGCAUUUGCAACCUCAGAAUAUCCAGUAAUCUUAUCGAUUGAGCAGCAUUGUAGUGUGGAACAGCAGCGCUACAUGGCUAUAAGAUUUACAGAAGUGUUUGGAAACCUUUUGCUGAGCAAGCCCAUUGAAGCUAAUGCUGACCAGCUACCAUCACCAACGCAACUUAAGAACAAAAUCAUUCUGAAGCACAAAAAGCUGGACUCAAAGAGUGAUGGAGACAGCACUACAGAGAAGAAGAGUGACAGUCUGCAGCAGGGGGAACUUUUUAUGUGGGAUCCAAUCGAUAAGAAAUGGAAUCGCCACUACUGUGCUGUAGCUGAUGACAAAUUAUGUUAUGGUGAAGAAAUUGAACAGUAUGGGGACGAUGACUCUCAGAGGGAUACAAAAACCAGUGACUUGCAUUUUAGUGAAAAGUGGUUUCAUGGGAAGAUGCCUGAAGGAAGACAGAUGGCUGAAAGACUGCUCCAGGAGUACUGUGCUGAAUAUGGUGGAAAGGAUGGCACCUUCCUCGUCCGAGAGAGUGACACCUUCUUCAGGGAUUACACAUUAUCAUUCUGGAGAUCGGGCAGAGUACAGCACUGUCGUAUCCGUUCUAUCACUGAAGGGGAUUUCAUAAAAUACUAUUUAACUGAUAACCUCACUUUUGAAAGUGUGUAUGAAUUGAUUUAUCACUACAGAGAUAUCCCACUGCGGUGUCCUGAAUUCGAACUGAGAUUAACUGAUGCUGUACCAAAUCCAAACCCACAUGAAUCAAAAGAGUGGUACUAUGGUAACCUGAGCAGAGGAGAAGCCGAAGAGAUGCUGAUGCGAAUUCCUCGGGAUGGGGCUUUCUUAAUACGAAAAAGAGAAGAGCCAAACUCAUUUGCUAUAACUUUCAGAGCUGAAGGAAAAGUGAAGCACUGUAGAAUUCAGCAGGAAGGAAAUCUUUAUGUGCUUGGAACAUCAGCUUACUUUGAGAGUCUGGUGGAACUUGUCAACUACUAUCAGAAGCAUCAGCUUUACAGGAAAAUGAAACUGCGGUAUCCAGUCACUGAAGAGUUCAUGGCACGCUUCAGCACAGAAAGAGACAUAGAGUCAUUCUAUGGUAAGAACACAUAUGUGGACCCGAAUGAAAUUGCACCAUCAAUGCCCCAAGGAAUAGUAAAAGCAUUAUAUGACUAUAAAGCAACAAGACCAGAUGAACUGACAUUCACUAGAGGAGCCCUUAUUUACAAUGUUAAAAAGGAUGGUGAACACUGGUGGAAAGGUGACUAUGGAGACAAAAUACAGCUUUAUUUUCCAUGUAACUAUGUUGAAGUUGUGACUGCAGAGGAAUCAGAGAAUACAGAAGACCAGAUAUUUGAAGAUAAUCCACUAGGCCCACUGUGCAGGGGAGUGUUACACUUCACUAAGUGCAGAGUUGUGAAAAAUCAGCAUGGAACCAAUGGAAAGAAGUUUGUGUUUACCAUAGAAUGGGAUGACGAUUCACAACCUUCAGUAGAUUUCGCUGCAGAUAACAUAGAAGACUGGUGGAAAUGGUGCCAAGUUUUGUUUGACCUGUUAAACAAAAAGAAAGCACAGGAUGGAUUGUUGGGAGUCUUGGAGAAGAAACAAGAGGUAGCUGUUGAAAUGUCCAACUUGGUUGUGUACUGUAAACCGCGGAGUGGAAGAAAAGAAAAUUUAGAGGAUGUAGACUACAGGGAGGUCCGAUCCUUCGCAGAAACAAAAGCAGAGUGCCUUUCAAGGAAUAGAGGAAAAGCACUUGUUCAUUAUAACAGAAGGGGACUGUUGAGGGUUUAUCCAAGAGGUCAAAGAGUUGACUCUUCAAACUAUGAUCCUGUUCGGCUUUGGUUGUGUGGCUGUCAAAUGGUAGCCCUAAACUUUCAGACUCCAGACAAAUGCAUGCAGCUGAAUAAUUCACUGUUCACUAUGAAUGGGCAAAGUGGGUAUGUUUUACAGCCAGAUCACAUGAGACAUGACAGCUAUGAACCAAAUGGAAGUGAUGCAAGAAACAAGCCAUAUUAUGUAUCAAUCCGGAUCCUCGGUGCUCGCCAUCUUCCUAAGCUGACCAGAAGUAUUGCUUGUCCAUUUGUAGAGGUAGAGGUUUGUGGGUCCGACUGUGACUUGUCAAAGUUCAAGACUACUGUGAUAAGUGACAAUGGUCUUAACCCAGUGUGGCCUUUACCAGCAGAGCAAAUGAUGUUUCACAUUCGAGAUUCUACAUUAGCUUUUUUGCGUUUUACAGUGUAUGAAGAGGACAUGUUUAGUGAUCCCAACUUCUUGGCUCAGGCCACAUUCCCUAUUAAAGGAAUAAAACCAGGUUACAGGUCUGUUCCAUUGAAAAAUGGUUAUAAUGAAGACCUGGAGCUGGCUUCUCUUCUUGUAUUCUGUGAAAUACAGCAAGUUCGACAAAGUUCAGAAGAUCUCUACCAGUCUUAUGGGCAAACACAGAGAUAUUCAGACGAAAACAGAGAAGUGUUCCUGUAUGAUAGUCAUAGCAACAUUCGACAUCAGAGUCCUUCACAGCAAGACUACGGUGCAAAUGGAUAUCGCCCGUAUCAUGAGUACGGCAUCAAUAGACUUAAAGACAAAUCCAGCAGUAGCAGCAGAUUCUACACAUAAAGGAAUUUGUCAUCUUUAAGAACAUCCAGAGGAUCCAUUCAACAUGAAUUGGCAUUGCUUACCAGUGCAAGACCAGAGCAUCGCAGAUUUCCCUAUAUAAUGUGUGAUAAAACCACAUACAGCUGAAGGCAGACCUCCAUGAUUUUAGAAGUGAAACUGGCUGAUUUUGAUAUUCUUCAUAUAUAUCUGUGAAUCUCUAGAAUAACUUUGAAGUUCCUCGUAAAGCUAUAUCAAAAAGAUUUUCAGACAUUGUUAGCAGGUACAUGUAGUGCAAGCCUUGGAAUACAUCUAAUCUGAUUACCAGUACAAUAAAAGUAAGUAAAUAUUUUGUUGCACUUUUUGAGUAAUUUUACUCAUCUGCAUUUCAAGUCUCAUUUCAACCCAUGUGUGGCACAGAAUUAAAACCAAGAUACCCCUGUUCUGCUUAGCAGUCACUGGUAUAGCAAAGGAAGGAUUUGCCUAGGAAUUAAUUCUACUGAAGUUACUGAAGUGCCAUAAUGACUAUUGCAAAUUGGUCAUAGUUCACAUUCAAGGAGAUGUAGCUAUGCACAGAAGAACGUCCAGGUCUUGUAUUGCAUGGCAUCUUAUAAACCACCACAGAGGAUAUAAACAAGCUGACCUUUUACAUACUUGCAGGAAGACAAAAUAAGGUCAGCAGUAUUUUGCAGAACCAUACAAUGCCUUCACCCUUGAGCACAAUACAAGUUCUGAUAAAAUAAAUGGAUCCUUCUGUGCUGCUUCUGUUUAAGGAAUAAGGACUCUAGUUUACUGGUGAAUCGAUGGCUGACAACCCAGACCACCAAUAAAAGAAUUUGCCUCUACCUAAACUGUGGACAGCUGUAAAAGGUUUUGACCUGGGCACUUUUAUGGUAUUUAUUUUGGUGAGCGUAUUACUAUAAGAUGAAUGUGAUUUAUGCACCAUCACUCUAUUGACAAUUGUAUACAUUUGAGUACAAUCACCUCACUGGCUGAAGACAGUUUUCGAAGCUGCUUCAAAUAUUUCAUUUCAUUCAUUAUUGAGUGUUUCAGAAAAUAUGACCUUCCAUAACAGCAAGGAUGCUCGAACAUUUCAUCACUUCAUUAUGCAACGGUUGUUUAUGAAUUACAGAAAGCUUGUUAUGAGUUAUAAACUUAUCAGUAUCUUUAUAGCCUCCAAAUAUCAUAAAAAAACAUCAAGGAGGCGAGAAAUACAAGAUUUAUUUAAGCCAUUUUCAAAUCACAGUUGUGUGAGAAAUUUUAAUUUCACUUCUUGACCUUGAAACAUUCAACCGUUGCCUUUCAAAAUCUAAAUAGACAUUCACUUUUCAUUCUGGACAAUGACUGCAUCUAUAUUGUUAUUUACUUUGCUAGUAUGAUUAAAAGCUUAUUUCAUUUGUUGUCACAUUCUGCUUAACCGGAUAGUUUUUAUUCAUCAUGUUAUAAAUUAUCCCCAUUUAUAAAGAUUAUUACCAAAUACUGACUGCACCUGGUACAAAGUUCUUAAGGAAGGCACUAAGACAAUAACUUGAUUACUGCCAAAUAUUUGUUUUGAUGUUGCCAUGGCUAUGGUUCUGCUUAUAUCUAUACAUUUUUGGACACUUUCUAAACCUAACUAAUCUCAUGGAUCUUGAGCCAUCAGCCUGUUUGACAUGGCAUAAUGGUUAUAAUCAGGUGUAGUAAGAGUUCAGAGAAUGGACUGGCAAAAGGCACCAAUACAGGGUUAGGGGUAACCUGUCCCAUCCUGUAUAUUUGCCUUGCAUUCCUGAAACUACUUACAUGACUAUACAAUGACAUUUCAAAUAUUUUUGUCCAAAAGAAUUCAACCCACAUAGUUUAUAAAGGUUUCAUACAUGUGUUAUCUAAAUAAAUGAAGGAGUCAUCCAAUAGAGACAGCUCUAAGACUGAUGACAUGUAGAUGUUUUUACCCUGCAAUUAAGCAAAUGCAAGAUUUAUGCAUUUUGACUGGGAAAUGAAAUGCUUUAGAAGGACAGUAUUCCAUUCUGUGUAGUUUACUCCACUGUGUAAUAAAAGAAAAUAAAGGCCACUCUGUAGUGAGGAUUUUAAGUCUAAUGGUUUAUGCUUUUGGGAUGAUUUAUGUUUUUUUCAGCUAAAACCUUCCACUGUCAGGACCACUGAAGGUUGGAAGGUAUAACAGUGAGGUGAGCAUUAUUUUUUAUGUUCCAGUAACACUGUUACACACACUUUUCUACUGUCUUUAAUAGCUGCACAGUUUGCAAGUCUGUGGUUACAGCAGAGUGGUUAUUAUUUUUAGCUCAAUACUUUACUGCCAGGAAUACAGAAAUCUCAUUUAAAAUAAUUUAUUUUCAUGCAGUACAACCUAGUAACUUUUAAGAGUGAAAAUAAAAUAUUAAUUUCAAA